GCCACGGGCUAAUACAUCCGAAUACAAUUGGGUGGUGAUUAAGAUUUAGCCCAUACAUUUACAUGACAACCCGAUCCAAAACUUUUGAAUAUUGAAUUCUCCAAACACCUGUACUCUCAUUAGGGUUUGAUAAAACCCUCUCUGCAAAUUUCUCUUCUCGUCGUCCAAAUCCGUUGUAGAAAUCACCAUGAAAUCAAAAACCCUAGAAAUUCAAGAUCACGAAUCAAGUCCAUCGGAGUUCUCAAUGGCGAUCACACGAAUCGCAGUGUCGCAGAUCUGUCAGUCGGUGGGCUUCAAAGCCUCCCAACGGUCGGCCCUUCACACCCUCACGGAUGUCGCCGCCAGGUACCUCCAAGCCCUGGGCAAGUCCGCCGCCUCCUUCGCGAUUUCCUCCGGCCGGACUCAAUCCAACCUCUUUGACGUCGUUUGCGCCCUCGAAGAACUCUACUCUGUUCAAGGCUUUCGUGGCGCAUCAACUGUGAACGGAACACUCUUAACUUCGUCCACCCUCGCUGAUAUCAUCAAAUUCGUCAAGUACACCGAUGAAAUUCCGUUCGCGAAGCCAGUUCGUUGGCGUUACUCGUUCAAACCCCAAAAUUCAAUUAAUUGUAAGCGUUGGGAUUGUGUAAAUUCGCACAUUCCGAGGUGGUUGCCGGCUGUUCCGGAUAUGAGUGAAUAUGAAAUUGGUGGAAAGGGGAAUUGGAGAGAAGAGAGAGGUUGGUUUGGUUCGUUCGGGAAUGUGAAUGGUUGUUUGGUUGGUGAGAAAAUGGAGGCGGAGAGAGAGAGUUAUAAGAGGAGGAAGAAGAAGAAGAAGAAGAUGGAAUUGCCGGCGAAGCGGGUGAGGGUGCGAUUCAGGAUGGGAGUGGGGGUGAGUGGGAAUGUGGUGAGAAGAGGGGAAGGGUUUGGUGUGGAUUUGAGGAAUGGGGUGUGUAGAGGAGGGAAGAGAAUUUCAUGCGAAAAUAGGAGCGAUGAAGAUGACAAGAGACUCGUCAAGAAACCAAGAUAAUAAUGAUUGAUAUAUGUAUCAUCAUCAUCAAGUUAUUCCUUUUAUUAUUGUUACUCUGUAUUUUUUCUAGUUUUUCCAGAGGGUGAAUUUUAGCGGGAGAAUUGCGCAAUUGUUUCUGGAUGGCAAGAGGACUGAAACUUGAAUCCACCCACAAUAUAGAUAUGUAGUUUAAUAGUUGUAUGAGGUUGGCGGCGUGGAAUUGUGGCUCAAUGGUACCGCCAUAAUGUUUGUUUGACAGAGGUUGUGUGAUCGAGUCUGCUUUAUGCUUCUACAACACAAAUUUUAUGUUUACAAUCCCUCAAGUGUCCUCCUAUAUACCACCGUAUGGUUUUGUAUUAUAUCGCAUCUUGUAAUGCAUAUGGCUUUUGGCUUA